AUGAGCGACGCGUUCCAUCCCAAGACCGUCAUCCACCACGCCUCUUCGCACUACGAAUCCCACCUCAGCCCUUUGGAUGACGGUCCAGAGGAAAUAAGGAUCGUUCUCAUUGGUCAAAGUGGAUCUGGGAAGAGUGCAACAGGAAACACCAUCUUGCAGUGGAGGGCUUUUGAACCAAGAUUUGCCCCUCCCCCUGUGACACUGAACUGCAUUAAGGAAAGAGGAGAGUUUGAAGGUUGGCCAGUAGCUGUGGUGGAUACUCCAGGUGACUUAAGGCCCAACACUGCUGAGAUGUCAAGAUGCAUCUCUUUUGGUGCACCCGGACCGCAUGCAUUCCUAUUUGUUGUUCCACUAAACAACUUGGCAGAGGCUGCAGUGCCCAGAGAUGAUAUUCAGAGGAUAUUUGGGGAGGAGGCGCUAGAUUACACCAUGGUCCUGUUCACCCAUGGAGAUGACCUGAUGGCAGAUAGAGUCUCCAUAUAUGAUGUAAUUGAUCAACAUCCACAUCUCAGUGCUUUCAUAAACCGGUGUGGUGGAGGAUACCACGUCUUCAACAACAGAGACGAGGAUCCCUCUCAGGUCAGAGAGCUGCUGGAGAAGAUCUACACAAUGGCCCUCUCUCCAACUCAAUGGGGUGACUUUGACUGGCCAGAGGAAAUGAGGAUCGUGCUCAUUGGUCAGAGUGGAGUUGGGAAAAGCUCAACAGGAAACACCAUCUUGCGAUGGCGGGCUUUUGGAUCCUCCACCACGCCAGAGUGGCACAAGGAACGAGGCGAGUGUGAAGGUAGACCGGUGGCUGUGGUCGAUAGUCCAGGCUGCUUUAACCCAGACAGUAAUACAGAGAUCUCUAAGUGCACCUCUCUCAGUGCUCCGGGACCUCAUGCAUUCCUUGUCGUGAUCCACCCAAAGACAGUAGGUAGGAGCCCUGUGCACGUUAUCCAGAUGAUGUUUGGAGAGGAGGCAUUGCAUUACACAAUGGUCCUCUUCACUCACGGAGAUGACUUGGAGACAGAUGGAGAUUCCAUACAAGUCUUGGUUAGUCAAAAUCCAGAUCUUCGCGCCUUCAUCAGACAGUGUGGUGGAGGAUACCAUGUCUUCAACAAGGAAGACAAAGAUCGCUCUCAGGUCAAAGAGCUGCUGGAGAAGAUCAACACAAUGGUGCAGAGGAAUGGAGGAAGCUUCUACACCAAUGAGAUGUUCAGGGAGGCAGAGAGGUCCAUACGAGAGGAAGUGGAGCUCCUUAGGAGAGAGAAUGCAAACGUCACACAUGAGGAGGCCAGGAGGCAGGCGGAGAGGGAUAACAAGAGUAUCCACGGCAACAAGACUCGUCACGGCAACACUGCUUUAACUCCUGGAGAAGGUGUUGUACUGGGUGUCGUCUCUGGUGCCGCCGCCACCGCUGCCAUAGCCCUGCUGGCUGUUGCGUUUGCAGUGAUGAAACACUGA